ACAGCGUCGCGCACCGUCAUUCUCGUGCGAGUCUCUACGGUGCUCGCGAUCCUACGCGCCAGGUUACUCAGGCUCGAGAACGAAUUCCUGCACACACAUCAUUGGAAAGUUUCGAGUUCCUCUUCUUCUUCCCGCCGAUCUGUCUUCGAAUUCUAUCAAUAACAUCUCCCACCAUCUCCGGUCAUCCCCAUCGUUGCGUUUCUCAUUGAUAGGAAACCUCUGUCAAGCGCCCUUCGAGAUCCUCAAAGGUGACCUCCACCGUCGAUCCCCUCGGCUCUCCCUCACCGAUUAUCUUUUCUCCCUUCCCCCUCUCCUACCUGCCCGUCGACCAACUGCCCCCACCCUCCUGGUCGACUGCCCCUUCUCCACUGUGGGGAGAGACUUCCACACCACAGUGUAUACCUUGCGGCACUCUCGGAGGGAAGUUGAUGCUAAGAGAGAGAGAUCAGUGUGACACCACGCUCGUCGGAGGGACGAGCCCUUACAUGAAUUACAAGUUUGUGCGCACGAGGCUUGCACAAUAUUUUCCGCACAGUAUUCGGUGCACAUAUAUUGAGUGUGAAAGCGCGUCGAUACAAUUAUCCUUCCACGCGUGAACACAUUCACGCGCGUACACAAACACAUCGGGCGUUGGAUAUUUCCCGUUGGGAGCCGGCUUGAUAGUGAAACCACGGAGUACGCCUCUUCAUCUCGCCCUCGACGUCGGACGGAACAGGAGGAAUCGUAUAUACAUAAGUAUAUACAGCUAUAUACAUAUAUUUAUAUACGUCUGUUUGCAUCCUUCGAAUUAGAGGCCUUCAACCGACCAACGCAUUGACUGCAACCGACAAUCGCCAGUUCAUCGAGAUGUCGCAUAACACGAAGGUUCUCACAGCGGCGGUGCACGGCGGCAAAAAUCAGAGAACGCCAAUGCGCCCGAUGAUAGCGGAAUACGAGCCAAAGAAGCACGGCGUGAAAACUGAACUCUCAGACGUGGUGCUUGUCAAAUACAAGUGCGAGAAAAAUGACGUGCCCAUUACGGUCACGAACGGAUCGACCUUGCCGCUUGUGGAACGACAGAUCGACGAGGAGGCCGCCCUUUACGACCCGUUCGAGCACCGCAAGCUUGCCCAUCCCACGUCGGACCUCGACACGCUCAUACAUCUGCUCAAGGGUAGCCUGGGCACUGGCAUACUCGCGAUGCCGAUGGCCUUCCGCAAUGCCGGCCUCGCCUUCGGACUCUUCGCCACUUUUUUCAUCGGCGCAGUCUGCACCUACUGCGUCCACAUACUCGUCAAGUCCGCCCACCGUCUGUGCAGGCGGACGCAGACGCCCAGUCUCGGCUUCGCCGAUGUGGCCGAAGCAGCCUUCUUGGACGGGCCUGAACCCGUUCAGAAAUACGCCAGACUCGCUAAGGCGACGAUCAACACGUUCCUGGUGAUCGACUUGGUAGGCUGCUGCUGCGUAUACAUCGUCUUCAUCUCGACCAACCUCAAGGAGGUUGUGGACUAUUACACGGCAACGGACAAGGAUUUGCGGAUCUACAUGGCCGCGUUGCUGCCGUUUCUCAUCACCUUCUCCCUAGUGAGGAAUCUCAAAUUCCUCGCGCCCUUCUCGAUGGUGGCGAACGUGUUGAUUGCCACCGGCAUGGGGAUCACUUUCUACUACAUCUUCAGCGAUCUACCCAGUAUCGACAAUGUGCCAAAUUUCUCAAGCUGGUCGCAGCUACCUCUCUUCUUCGGCACUGCCAUCUUCGCGCUCGAGGGCAUCGGUGUUGUUAUGCCGUUGGAGAAUAACAUGAAGACGCCGUCGCACUUUAUCGGCUGCCCGGGUGUCCUCAACACUGGUAUGUUCUUCGUCGUAUUGCUGUACAGCACCGUCGGUUUCUUCGGUUACUGGAAGUAUGGUGACACCACGAAGGCCUCCAUCACGCUCAAUCCGCCGCAGGACGAGGUGCUCGCACAAUCCGCCAAAGUUAUGAUCGCCGUGGCGAUAUUCCUCACCUACGGGCUCCAGUUCUACGUGCCGAUGGAGAUCAUUUGGAAAAACGCCAAGCAGUACUUCGGCUCGCGACGAUUGUUCGGCGAGUAUCUGCUGCGUAUCUUCUUGGUGAUCUUCACAGUUUGCGUGGCGAUCGCCAUCCCGAAUCUGGGUCCGUUCAUCUCCCUCGUAGGCGCGGUGUGCCUAUCCACGCUCGGCCUCAUGUUCCCGUCGGUGAUCGAGCUGGUGACCGUGUGGGAGCUGGAGAACGGCCUUGGCAAGUGGAACUGGCGGCUGUGGAAGAAUCUCGCCAUCAUCUCUUUCGGCGUGUUAGGCUUCCUCACUGGCACAUACGUGAGCAUUCAGGAGAUCCUGGAGGGCAAAUGAGGCGCUGGGUCCGGCGCGAGGAACGGCGGCCCACGGCGGCCGUUCGCGAAUACCGCACGUCAUCCGGACGCGAGUAUCACCAUCAGCCUCGCUACUCGUCACCGCGAGUGACACAUUACGGAUGACGGCGCGCUCGACGCUCUACAGGGCGAAACAAUCGGUCGUCGCGACGUUCACGACGCGAUGACGGCGAUGACGGCGGGGACGAUACGACGCGAUGUCGACGAACGCUCCCCCUGCUUGGCUCCGGGAAUGGUUGCCCUCCUGUGUGACUCCCGGUUCCCGUAUAUCCUUCCUAUCGAUAGCACGAUGACAACACUAUUACGACGACGACGGAGACGACGAAGGCAGAGCUUUCGCGUGAUCGAGCUUUUAUCUACGCUUCACUUUCUUAACAGUAGACAGAUUGUUAAUUAGUACGCGCAUUGUAUACGGCUGACGAGACGCGAACGUAUCACCCGAAUAUAUUAUGCUUCUACUUUCGGCUAUUAAUUUUAGCUAUUAAUUCGUGCGCACGAUAUCAUUAAUUAUUUGUCAUGAGCGAAUGAAAUCGUCAAUUAGCCGGAUAAUUAUUCAACAGCAAAAUCUUAUCAAUAACAUGAAUCGUUGCAUUGCAAGUAAUAUCGCACAAAUCAAGAUUGGAAAGCAGUCACACGAGAUUUCGGAAUAAUUUUUCAAUAAUUCUUCAUGUUACAUUGUGAGUCAACAUUAAACACUCGAAUAUUUCUUUCGUGGAAAGAGAAGAUACGUUUUGUUUAUCGAAAAAAAGAAACAUCAAAAUCUCAAUUUGAUCAUAAAAGAUUUCCAUAUACGCGCGAAUACUUCUCGCACGAGAAACUAAUGUCUCUUUAUAUAUAAAAAUUUGCUUUUUUGAAACGCAGGAGCUCUCGACCAAUUUAAUUGGCGAGAAUUCAUAUUUCAUUCCGUAAUAAUAUGCGCAAGGUGGCGGAGUUAGCAUUCGUAAACUGCGAGUUUCUGCCGCGCGAUGUUGGUCCACAGGCUAAAGUUUCACGUUGAAUAUUAAUGACAGCUCAAAUAUUCUUUUUUCUCCCCUUUUUCUUUCCGUUUUAUCUAUUCGUGUCGCGUCGGCCGUACGCGCGCCGCUUCUUUGCGGACUCCACAACUGCGGGACGGUUUUUUUAGAAUAGCGUAUGCGACAUUUCCUGGUCGUACGUGAACUUCGCAUACCUACAUAUACAUAUGUAUACAUACCGUGUACAUAAGAUACACGAAACAUCGCGUUUUGUUGACGAGAAACGAGAACCAUACGCCUCGGCUAUUGGGCUCGCUCGUUCGAAUUGUCACGAUAAGAGGACGAUCUGUAAGAUACCGCGUUUCGCCGGGAGAGCGCCGAUCGUACGUGACAUCGUCUUCCUUUUACAAUCAAGUUGCCGCAUUGCUAUCUGUGCCUUGGCAGCAGCUACUUCGAAACAGAUUUAUCGAAUUGCAACAACAAGGCAUUGCUGAAAGUCGCACAGUCUUAGGCAGAGCUGACCAACAUGCCGAAAUUUCAAAUCGAUUUUCUGGAAAAUCCGCUUCUUUCGCGUGGAAUCAAUAGAUUUGUAUCUAAAUUGACAUUCAUUCGACAACAGAUUUGGCUCAGCUGACGCGAAGGAACGCACGAUCACGUAACGAUCGACUGACCGUAAUGUCCUCAGAUGUGACGAUCGAUCGGCACACUUCCAGCGAAAACUAUUGAUCUGUUCCUAGUGCAUGACGCACGAAAUCGUACAAAGAUGAUUAAUUCAGUAAGAGUAGUAAGCAGAAGGGUGCGUAGGUGUAGUAAUGUCGUGAUGCACGCUUGCUAGUCUGUAAGUAAAAUCGCGAUACACUGUUUCGCGCGUUGCUCCGUCAGCGCGCGAUAUAAACGACGUCAAUUGGUCCCGUUAUCGAAAACGGAGGAUGUCCGUUUUGACCCUUAGCGUUAACCAAAGGGGAAGUAGAGUCGGAAGUAGAAGACGGAUAUUCGAACGUUCGCUGUAACAUCUCUGUUAUUGGCUAAGAGUGAGAAAAGCAACGAGAUAUUUGCCAGAUUUUCUUUCUUUCUUUUUUUCCAAUUGAAUGUCACACAAACAGGGAAUUACGAACGAAGAUCAAAUCCUCUUGUCAACAAGAAAUUCAGCAAGUUGUUGACUGUUUUGCUAAUUGAUAACCUGUGCCUUUCGCGUGUUCGAUAAUUAGCAAUAAUCUCGAAUUUACACGUCUUCGUAGGAUACGCAAACGAGAAGACUGCAACAACAAACUUUUCUACGAAUUUUGACUAUUAAAAUUUGACCACACGUCACUUUUUGUGUGUGUCUACCGUCUCGGCGACGUCAAGAUAUGGAUCAAGAUAUAUUCGUUUUGAAGGCAGUAUUAAAAUAAGGCUCGCAAAGCCUGUUUCGAGAGAUCUGUUCCGCGUCACAUUGCAGUUCUUAACUCUUUAUAGCAUUUACAGCGAUUUAUCGUGCGCGACACUUUUUCGCAUUGAUAUUCGGAAAUAUUCACCGAAUUACGAUCUGACAGAUAACUAAGCGACGAAUUUAAAUUCGUUAAAUGUAAAUGAAAACGUCACAUCUCUCUCUAUAAAGAGUUCACGCGGCUACGAGCUGCUGCGACAUCCAUUUCGAAAGUCAACCUACAUCGUUCAAACGAGUUUCAUUUCUUCUCUUGGAAGAACACGUUUCGUAAGAAUGUACAUAUAUUCGACAAGAAUUGCUAUACUACAAAAUAUACAUGAUUUAUAUUGUUUCGAACGUGCCAUCGAUUUUUCGACGGCAGACUCAUAGCAUUUUCGCAGCUUUCAUAGAAAACCAUCGUUCUCGCCUAAGAAAAAUACCGGGACGCUAAUCGUCAGGUCCUAUUUUAGAAGCUUUCAUCAAGUGGGAUAAAUAGGUUGGACGCACAGUACGUAAGCCGUAUCGCUGUACGAUUUUUGUAGUACGCUCGUUUGAUAAUUUAGGGUUUUAUACGAGAGAAAGUAGAAAAAAAAACAAAACUUGUUUAUUCUCUCGUCGAGAGUUGACGAGAGUUAUCGACCGAUGCACGGCGAUUAUUGCCGUUCUUCCGUUUUUAUAAAAAGAAUGAAUAAUACAUACAUAUAUGUAUGUAUAUGUACAUCUGUUUGAGUGUGUACCUCCUUUAUAAUCCUAUAUACACGCACAUACACAGAUAUACGUAUAUAUAUGGAAUCUUUCUCUAUCUAAUGAUGUAAGUUUACCACAUGUAGAAACGCUUGUUAAAUAAACCGAUGGGAAGUGUAGGAUGUUUAAAA